AUGACAUCCACCAUCGCGAAUAAGGCCAAGGUUAUACCACGUGGGAUUUACGUUCCAGUGGUCUCACUAUACAAGCCCACCAAACGACAGGAAGUCGACUACGAUGCAUCCUACAAGUUAUUUUGCCAUCUAAUCCGUGGGGGGCUUGAAUGGGCUGGAACCAAUGCGGAAGCCGUUUUGCUGUCUGCCGAAGAGCGCAAGGAAUUGGUUAAAAUUGCGCGCAAAGCUGCAGUGGAUCUUGGACGUCCAAAUUUCCCCAUCGUCGCUGGGAUCAGUGGACAGUCAACGAAUGAAUCAAUUCGCCUUGCUGAGGACGCGUUGAGUGCAGGCGCUGAUUUUGGCUUAUUAUUACCACCGAAUUAUUGGGCAAAGGCCGUGACUAAAGAUGCUUUGCUCGGAUUCUACCGCGAUGUUGCGGAUGAGACUACUCUCCCGAUCGUUAUUUACAGCUUCCCAGCUAUGUGCAAUGGCGUCGACAUGAACUCCGAUACUCUCUCCGAGCUUGCACAACAUCCGAAUAUUGUUGGCGUCAAGUUGACAUGUGGUAAUGCCGGGAAGGUGACAAGACUCACUCAGGAAUAUAAGCACGAGCAAUUCGCGGUAUAUGCUGGUUCUUCCGAUUGGUUACUGCCUUGCUUGAUAGGAAGCGGUAGUGGAUGCGUGACUGGAAUUGCCAACGUGUUUCCGAAAUCCGUUUCCAGACUCUAUGCUUUGUGGAAUGAUGGCAAGAUCAAAGAAGCCCAAGAGCUUCAGGGCUUGGUGGCACAGGCUGAAAAAGCCUGUAAAGAAGGGAUUGCACCCACAAAGUAUGCUGUUGGACACUUCGCUGGUUCGGCUGCUGGCAUUGCCGAUCCAAAGACAUUUUGGCCGCGUAAGCCCUAUCUUCCUGUAGAUGGAGUGAAGGCAGCCUGGGUGGAAAAGGUCAUGCAACACUUGGUUCAAAUUGAGCAGAGCUUACCCGAUGCUGUAUAA